UGUCAUGUAUAUCAAAAAGAAUUAAUUGUUUUCAAAACUUCUGUGAAUCACCGGCUGUUCAAAUGAAUUUGAUUAACAGUGAAAAAAAGUAUCUUGUGAAUUAAAAUAACUAAAAUACUUCAUUAGAACGUAAAAAUGGUUCGUGUGAUAACUCAGGAAACUUACGAUGACGUUGUAAAGGAGAAUAUGGAUGAAUUUGAUAUGAGCCCCGAGGACGCUAUUAAAGAAGCAAUUGCUCAAUUUGAAGCACAGGGUGUGGAUUUAUCUAAUAUUAUCAAAGAUCUAAAUUUAAACACUGGUGAAGAACAUCAAGUGAGUAUAACUGUUAAAAAACUCAAGGAGUUGUCAAAUGCAGCCCAAAACAAUGAUGAACCAAUCUUGGAACAAUUGGAUAUAUUGAUGAGAGAAUGCAAAAAAGAUAUUGCUCAUAGAGUAAGAGCAGGCAAAGAGGGUAUUUAUCCUGCGCUUAUAAAUUUACUAGAUUUAAAACAGAAAUCUUACUUGAAUGUUAAUAAUGAAAAAGAUGCUGCUUCUAUUAUAAAAGUAAUAAACACAUUGAUCGCUUUAAUGAAUUCACAACCAGAUUUGCUGGAUAGAAAAGGUGUUGAAAUUAUUAAAAAAAAUCUAGAUGAAAUAGAAGAUGAAUCUAUUUUAAUAGCAACAUUAAAAUGGACCGCUGUGUGUUGUGUUAAACAUGAAAUGAACACACAGAUGAUAUUUGGUGCUGGCAUUGGACGGAAUUUGAACAAUUUAUUGAAUAAAACUAAUAAUAUAGAGUUAAUAAGUGAAUGCCUACAAGUUAUCAGAAAGUUGACUUUAGACGACGACUUGCGCGUGGAGUUUGGCAAAGCUCACGAACAUGCUCGUGAACUUGGCGCGGAGCUUCUUGAUACGUUGACUAGAUUGCUUGAAAAUAACAUGAAGCCACCGUUGGUAAGUGAUGUGAUGUGUACAAUCGCGUGCCUGCUGGUGCGACACGAGCUGUCCGCGGUGGCGGCGGAGCGCGGCGCUGCUGCUCUCUUCACUGUGCUGGCUGACAACUACGAUGACGUCACCGUUGUACAUCAAGCCACUAAGCUUUUCGAGCUCAUCGGGGGUCCUUCAUCAGGGUGAGUGGGACUGGUAUUAUUGCGCGGACGCGGCCCCCACCUCACUGUAUUUGGCCGGCCGUAGUCGGUGCCACCGGACGAAUAUACGUGAGUGUUUAGCCGUUUUUAUAUAUGUUUAUUAAUUUUAUAAGCUUUUAAAACCCACACAGUUUUUCAGCAGAUUGAUAAUGCGAUCUUAUAAAUAAACAUCUUUCAUUAUCAAUAUAUAGAGAUUUCUUUUUUACUAUAAUUUCAUUUUCUAUUUUAGAUCUAUUAUGUAUUAAAUUAGCUCGUAAUUUCUGUGUUUCCAACAUUCUGUUUUGUAAUAAUGUCAUACUAUUAUUUAGAUCUCGUACUUCGUCUAUUAAACCGAAGAGGGAACCUUCUCUGCAAUUUUCGACGUUAGGUCUUAUAUAUUUAGUGUUCAAUCUUGUUUGAGCAACUUGUACCCUUUGUGAUACUUUUAAUAUUUCCUCGUGUAGAGUUUCCAGAAUAUUCUCCGUCUCUGUUAUCUUUCCUAAUGUUAGUUUUAAUUGAUUUUCUAAUUCUGUUUUUACUUGUUCUGUACGAGCGAUUCUGUCGCUUAACGCUUUAUUGACUCUAAUGUCUUGUGAACGUAAAUCCCUUGCAGUGUUUAUCAAUACCGCAUUAAUUUUUAUUCUUAAUUCUUUAGAUUUCUUUAUCGCACUUUUGAAUUGUUCCAAUCCUGAUUGUGUGAAAUGUUCCCAUGAUUGAACGUCAGAUUGUCCUUCACAUAAUCUUGUUGUUCCUGAUGUUUUCACAUUUUCAGAUUUUGUUUUUAAUUCACUGUUUAUAGUUUCAUAUUUAAAUGCUAAAUGUUUGUUGC